UGGCUCAGAAAAAAAUAAUGCAUUGAAAAAAAUUGAUAAUGCCAUCUGGGAAGCUCCAAAAGUUUUUUGUUUUUUUUCCUGUUUCAAAAAGAGCGCAUGCUGUGAGAGGAGGGCAGUGAGGGUGCCCUGCCAGGAAUGCCAGUGCCCAGGGGUGAAGGGUACAGCAGGCAGCCCCUUGCACUGAAGAGGUGUAUCCCAGAGGUGCCAGUCACCAGCUCAUCCUCCCGCACUGAGGGUGGGGGGAGUUGUCACAGGGGUCUGGGGCAGCCAGGCAGGCAUUUCACAGGGCAUGGGAGCCCAUCCCGGCUGCCAGGCCAGUAGGCAGGAUCACACAUGGCUGCAGGGGGCGCUGCCGGUCCCCCUCCUGUCAUCGCACACACCUCGGGUCAUGUCAGGUGCACUCACACAGCGCACAGGCUGCAGCUCAGGCUGGUCCAGGCGUCUGCGCGGUCACGUGACUCCCCCGCUUCACCCCACGUGACGGGCAAGAUGGCUGCGCCCGCGAAGGCACGGGUCUGAAGGUGAAGCGCCCGCGAUCGCUGGGGACUAGGCUACAACACCACAGCUGUGAUGGAACCCGAAGAGCGUCCGGAAAGUCAGUUUGCGAAGCUCUUACGAGAGAGAUUCAAUCAACUUCCUGCAAUAGACCAGAAAUAUUUCCAUUAUGGAAGUCUAAUAGUUGGUCUAAGUGCCUCGGCUUCUGGACUUCUGUCCAACAAGAUAUUCAGAGAAACCCUGAAGGUCAGACGGGGCUUCCUGUUGUCCUCUCUCGUCGUGACCAGCCUCCCACUGUUCCAGACCACCAUCUUGUAUCACACUGCUAUACCCAAUUCCAUUAUGGCUGGUAAGAUGAAUUGUCCCCUAUGUAACACGCUGCGUGGCACCACGGUGGGAGCUGUUGUUGGGGGUCUGGGAUCAGCGUCCUUAGCUGCGUUAGUCAGCACAAUGUACUUUCUGAAGUACAAUAAGAAGCCGCUGCCCAAUGACGCGUUCCGCUUCUGCAUUAACCUCUACAGAUCUGCAGUGAUGAGGAUGAAGUAUUUCUUCCUUUUUCAAGCUGUUCUGUGCAUGGCGGUCAGCGCGAGGUAUUACGCCGUGUACGAGAAGAUGCUGCUGAUGCCUCCUCUGCAGCACGAGGAGGGGCCGAAGGAAUAAACACGCUUUUUUUAUUUAUUAUCCAGAGUCUCUUCAUUACAAUGCUUGUCACACAUCCAGCAAUUAUUUGUAUCUCCUUUCCCUGUUUCUCACAUUAGUGUGCCAAGUUUGAUGUUUUAAAAGGGGGUGUUCCAGAUUGGUGGAGGUGUGAAGCCCAUUAGCCCCACCACCGGCACUGAA